AUGACAUGUGGAAUAGUAAGGAUUAGACUCGCAAGAUUCGGUAGAACAAAUAAUCCAGUAUACAAUAUAGUUGUUGCAAAUGCCCGUCGUGCUAGAGAUGCUAAACCAAUAGAAGUAUUAGGUACAUAUAAUCCAAUACCUCAAUUAAUUACUAUUAAACAAAAGAAAAGAGGAAUAAUUCCAGAGAAAAAAGUCAAUUUAGACUUCGGACGUACACAAUAUUGGCUUGGUGUUGGAGCACAACCUAGUGAUUCUGUGACAAAAUUAUUAAAAAAAUGUGGAAUUCUUGAUGAUGCAUGGGGUCGUAAUAGUGAAAGAGAAAUAAUAAAACCACGUGUAGAAUCAUAUGAAUAA